AUGCGAGGAAACUCAUAUCUGACAUUUAGGCCGCCUGGGGAUCGCCUUUCCACACUCAUCGUGCUGGGCUCAGGUGCUUAUCGUGCUGGGCUCAGGUGCUUAUCGUGCUGGGCUCAGGUGCUUAUCGUGCUGGGCUUGGUGCUUAUCGUGCUGGGCUUGGUGCUUAUCGUGCUGGGCGCUGUGCUUAUCGUGCUGGGCGCAGUGCUUAUCGUGCUGGGCGCAGUGCUUAUCGUGCUGGGCGCAGUGCUUAUCGUGCUGGGCGCAGUGCUUAUCGUGCUGGGCGCAGUGCUUAUCGUGCUGGGCGCAGUGCUUAUCGUGCUGGGCUUGGUGCUUAUCGUGCUCGGCGCAGUGCUUAUCGUGCUGGGCGCAGUGCUUAUCGUGCUGGGCGCAGUGCUUAUCGUGCUGGGCGCUGUGCUUAUCGUGCUGGGCGCAGUGCUUAUCGUGCUGGGCUUGGUGCUUAUCGUGCUGGGCGCAGUGCUUAUCGUGCUGGGCUUGGUGCUUAUCGUGCUGGGCGCAGUGCUUAUCGUGCUGGGCUUGGUGCUUAUCGUGCUGGGCGCAGUGCUUAUCGUGCUGGGCGCAGGUGCUCAGUCUUGUGCGUCCUUCAGCCCGUGUAGCUUCUCACACAAGCUCCCAGCCUCUUCCUUCCACUGCCGCUUCAACGUCCCUGUGCGCGUCUCAUGCCCCGCGCAGCACGAUGCUACCAAGUUCAACCCCUUUCCGCCACACCCAUACACCUUCACCCUCCCUGCAUCCCCCACACUCACUCAUGCUCGCCUUGCUGCCACGCACUCCCCACCACCCGCACCUCCAUCCCCCCUACACGCUUCCUCCGCCUGCGCAACCGCCUUCCCCACUCCCCAUGCGCCCCUCCCGUCCGCCGUCCUCCCCCAGGGGGCCACGCGGCAGGGAUGGUGUGCCUCUUGGGCACACGGCGGAGAUGCUGCGCCUGGUGGGCGCGCUGGACCACACACGUACGUGUUCACACACAUGCAUCCUCGCUGCUCUGCUCCUUCCACCAUUAUUCCCUUCCCCCCGCGCCCCUGCCUUUCCGCCGCGCCCUCAGGAGGCCACACGGCGGAGAUGCUGUGUCUGGUGGGUGCGCUGGACCACGGGCGCUACAGCCCGCGCUGCUACAUCGCUGCUGCCACCGACGCCAUCAGCCUGCCCAAGGCGCGCCAGCUGGAAGCCACUCUCGCGCAGGAACCACCCACUUCCUCCCCCGCUCCCGCGUCGCCCGUCCCACCACCCUGCUACCUGUCGGUGUAUCGCAGUCGAGAGGUGGGGCAGUCGUACCUCACCUCAGUGCUCACCACCAUCGCCGCCACGCUGCACGCCAUGCUGCUCGUCGCACGCGUCAGACCACAGCUGCUGCUGUGCAACGGGCCUGGCACCUGCCUGCCUAUCUGCAUUGCCGUCUUCACCCUGCAUGUGCUGGGAGUGCAGAGCAGCAGCAUCGUGUUUGUGGAGAGUGUGGCGCGAGUGGAGCACCUGUCACUCACAGGCCGCCUGCUGCACCGCCUGGGCAUUGUGGACCGAUUCUUCGUGCAGUGGCCGCACCUCACUGCCACAUGCAAGGGCACUCAGUAUGUGGGGCGCCUCAUGUGA